AGUGGCUUUUGUAGUCUCCAGGCUCACGGGGAAAGCCCACGUCUGGGGAGCCGCUCUCGUGGAUGAUGCCUCCCCGCUUAUGAGUGACUGACUGACUAUACCAGCUUCGUUCAGGAGCUUAACGCAGUUUAUCACCCACGCCAAGGGAAGGUUUGGGGGCAGUCGCUACUCAGGCUGAGACAGGCACUCCGCAACGCGGCGGACUACGCCAUGGAGUUCCGCAUGCUAGCGGCUGGGACUCAGUGGAACGAGCCAGCCUUGGUGGACGCCUUUGUGCACGGACUGAAAGCGGACCUGCAGGCGGAAUUAGCAUGCAAACCAGAGUCUUCCUCCAUGAACGAAGUGGUGCGCCUCGCGAUUACAUACGAUCACCUUCUACAAGAGCGGCGCAGACAACUGCAUUGGGGUUUGAGACAGCGAGAAAACGAUUCCCUCGCGGUACCAGGGGAAAAACCCACAGAGCCCAUGCAGCUGGGUGUGGCAGGAACGCGGGGCAAGCUCCUGAACCGAAGAAAAGGCGAGCAGUCGGAUGGCAUUAUCCAGCUGCCCACAGCAGAAAUCAAUAGAACACUGAAGGCAUGUGUUAAAAGCACAGAAGGGAUGAGCCAGGAUGAGGGAAAAUUGGACACUUUCAAAAUGCCUCCUCGAAACAGUCAAGCAGGAAGACAGAAAGCUAAGGAAAAAGAGCUCCUUGAUCUCAGGAGGCUUCUUUCAUUUGUCUCGGCCCCUAUUUCUAAGCAACAGGUCGAAGCCCUGAAGCCUCAGAAGUCGCGUCAUGGAAAUGAAAAGAAAAGUAUGAAAUACUCAUCCAGUGAGGCUUUAGAGCUGGAUAACUUCAGUGAAAAGUAUAGAGAAAAAAGGCAUUUCUGUGGCCACCCUCAUCAUGGUUUCUUCCUGGAUAUCUUUACUGCCUUGAUCAAAAACAGACUCAGCUGCAGCGAGUGGAUGGAACGCUCCUCACCAGAAAGCAUCCUGAGAGUUCUCAUCUGUUUAAGAUUGUUAAUAAGAGAGCCUCGUUACCAGAAAGUAUUCUAUGAGCUACAUGGAUUAAGUCAUCUGGUAAAGUACAUGGAGUCAGUCACCAGAUAUUAUCUGGAAAAUGGAGACCAAGCAAUGGAAAGAGAACAGCUGGUCACUAUGACUUAUAUGUGUCAAAAACUUUCCACAACAGAAGAACAAAGAAAGUGGAUGAUUGAAUGUGAUGCUCAUAAGACUCUAGUAAAGCUUCUUUCUGCACAAGACACUAAUGUGCUAUUAGGCUCUCUUCUGGCCCUCACCACUCUAGCAGACAGCACUAAGGCCAAGGAGAAGAUCGGAGAGCUGUCUAUUGCAGAGAAUCUUCUUGAAAUAUUGCAAGAACAUGAAACAUUAUCGAAAAGGCUGAGUGCAGAGCUGCUGCGGUUGCUCUGUCCCAUCCCGUAUGUGCGGGAGCAGGUGCGUCAGAGUGAGGGCGUUCCUGUGCUUCUGAGCGCGCUCCACACAGAUCACCUGAAGCUGCUGUGGAGCACAGCGUGGGCCCUUGUUCAGCUGUGCCAGGACCCAGAGAGCAGCGCAGACAUCUGUGCCUGGGGCGGAGUCCAGCAGCUGCUGCACAUCCUGCAGGGAGAGCGAACAUACGUGUCUGAUGGCUCGUCCAUAGAGACGUUGUCCAGUGCUAACGUCGCAGGCCGCUUGCAUGUGCAACACCUGUCCGGGCAGAUAAGUCUGCCUGAAGCCGAGGAGAACACUGUGGCCCUACACUCUGCGUGCUGCGCAGCCAUAACGGAGCUGGCACUGGACGACACGGCGGCACAUCACGUGGUGCAGGAGAAUGGAGUGUACAUAAUAAGCAAACUGAUACUGCCCCAUGGCUCCACAACUGGACAAAAGGCAGCAUCGCUACAGUGUUAUGCUUUCAGGGCCCUACGGUUCCUUUUCAGCAUAAAACGCAACAGACACGUUUUCAAAAGUCUCUUCCCACCCGAAUUGUUUGAGAUGUUCAUCGACGUUGGGCACUAUGUGAGAGACAUCACCGCAUAUGAGCCACUUCGGGAGAAAGUCUCGCUGCUUUCGACUGAAGAACUGGAUGGACUGAGAGAGAAAAUUGAGGCAGUGAACCAGAACCGGACACCUCUUAAAAUAAUCAAUGGCUACUCCAUUCUGCACCAUCUGGGCAGCGGAGCCUUUGGCAGUGUUUUCAAGGUGCGUAAACAAGGUGUGCAGAACUGUCUAGCACUAAAGGAAGUCAACCUCCACAACCCUGCUUUUGGACAUGACAAGAAGUCCAGAGACAGCAAUGUUGAGAAAAUUGUGUCGGAGCUUACCAUAAUCAAAGAACAGAUGGCACACCCAAACAUUGUCAAGUACCUAAAGACAUUUAUAGAAGGUGAGCGGCUAUAUAUUGUAAUGGAGCUUGUAGAAGGGGCUCCACUCGCUGACCACUUCAGCUCUCUCAAAGAAAAACAGCAGACAUUCACCGAAGAGAGAGUGUGGAAUGUUUUUAUCCAGAUAUGCCUUGCAUUAAGAUACUUACACAAAGAGAAGAGGAUUGUCCACAGAGACCUCACUCCAGGCAACAUCAUGCUCGGGGAGAGAGACAAAGUCACCAUCACUGACUUUGGUCUGGCAAAACAGAAAGAAGAGAGCAGCAAGCUCAUGUCUGUUGUCGGGACCAUUCUCUACUCCUGUCCAGAGAUUGUAAAGAGUGAGCCGUAUGGAGAGAAGGCAGACGUAUGGGCUAUGGGCUGUGUCUUGUACCAGAUGGUCGCUCUCAGACCUCCAUUCUAUAGCACCAAUAUGCUCUCCCUGGCUACCAAGAUAGUGGAGGCAGAGUUUGAGCCAGUGGAAGACGACACCUUCUCAGAAAGAGUUACAGACAUGAUUAAAUGGUGCCUGACCCCCAAUGCCGAUUUGCGUCCUGACGUCGUGCAGGUCAGCUCCAGAAUCUGUGACCUGAUUAUGCGCUUUCUCGAUGGCCUGAGUACCUCUUAUAACACUCUUGAGAAGAGGGCGGAGCGGGAGUGGAGGCGUGCACAAAAGUACUGCCUGGAAAACAACCGCACGAAGCUCACACGCACACCUUCGUCCAUGCCUCGGGCCUUUAAAGACUCACUUGUUAUUCAAGAUGGUCUCCGGACUGGGAGAAGUGACCUACAUUUCUCUACGGAAAGCCAUACUCAAGAUAAGGAAUCAAGUCAUGUCUCAAAAGCAGCUGGGUCUGCCAUGAGUACAGUCCAAACACAGGCAAAUAUACUCUCAAAUCUAAAUUCAGACUCAGCAAAGUCCCCUGACAGCUAUUCAGUAUUUGAUGAACAAACCCAAGCUGGUGGAUUACUUGAUUUUAUGAAAUCCAAAGCUCAACCAGCACCAGCAGGAAUUUGUGUAUCCCACAGAAGGGUUCGACAAAUCGACGAUCCUAACCUUAGGCUUCUUGGACUGCUCCAUAAGAUUAUAUUCAUUACUCAGCUUCCACCGGGACCUGAAAACACUUUUCAGCGUCGUGCAGUAGAGCGCUUUAAGAAAACACUCUUCCAGUGUGGCAGCAGUCCAUCUGACCUGAAAAUUGAGCUAAAUAAGGUCCUUCAGGGAAGCCAAGAGAUGGUGGAUUUGGUAUCAGCGAACAGGAAAUGGUGUUCCAUGGUCCAGUCUCUUAGCAGGCACAGAGCUGAGACAUCCGGGGAGUUGGGUUACUCGAGCCUUCAGGAGGGGAUCACUUACGAGCAGCUACAGACCAUGAUCGAGGACGUACUGGAGCAAAGUGGUUGUUACAGAACACCUUUGUCCAGGAGUGAGUUAGAGGGAAGGGCUGGGAACAGCAGAUCCGCUAGUCCAUGACAUCAUGUGCAAUAAUCUGCGACACUGAACACAUGGAAUCACAAGGGAACCUGAGAACUGCAUUGCUCCCCCUAGUGGUCCCACCAAUAAAUACUUCACACUUAAACUAUGGCUUCCAAAAAUAUAUGGAGUUUAUAAGCUAAAAUUUUUGACCCUGGUUCUGAGCUGUGAAUGUAUUUGUUGAAUACCUACUAUAUACCUUGUUCAUGGCAAUGAGGUAAAUAUCUUUCACAUGCAGUAAAAUUCUAAGAUAUCUGAGUGAAUGGCUAAUUCACCUCAUAAUGCUCAUUGUGUCUGUUUCUUGAGACACCUCUUGCACCGUUUAUAUCUUAAUAGCAGACGAGACGGUAAAUGGACCAGUUUUUUUUUUUUUUUGUUCUGUGUAUGGAUAAUGUGGCCCAUGCAGACAUGGAGUUCAUAGUCUGACAUGGUUUAAGUUACAUUAUCUUAUCACUCCUAUUUAGAGGAUUUCUGAUGUAAUUUCUUUAAGCCCUGAGAGAGGGGCCUCUCAUCUUUUGAGUUUCACUUCAAAUCUCAAGCUGUCCUGGCACUUAACAGUCUUGUACUCAACUGCAGUUGUGAAUAAAUAAAAAAUACUAAAUAGCUAUUCUAGGAAUACUACAGUAAGAUCUAUUCCUGUUAUUGGAGAAACAUUUUGAAAAUAUUUUUUUUAAAUGUAAGGCGUCUUAUUUCCAGCUAUAAAUAAAAUAAGCAAAGUUUUUUUUAAAACAUUGAUUUUUAAAUAGAUAUUUAUUGAUAUAGUAUAUGUAGAUAUCUGAAAUAGAUGUACACAACAGACCAGAUGGACAAAUAAAGAAUGUUCCAUUCCAUCUAUCAAUAGUUUCCUAUGGUUUAUGUAUUGAAGGUUGUCCACACCGUUGAGCUUUCUUAUGCAUAGAGCGAUAAAGAGGAAACGAGUGGCCGGAAGAGGUACGGGGCACCUGCAUCGCAGCUGUCUCUCCCGCCAGUCGCACCAAAUAAAACUUCAGUUAAAAAAAAAAAAAAAAAAAAAAAAAAAA